AGGCUGCUUUUGGCAAUGGAGCUUCCUUCUUGGGCUUCAUAUGCAGCGGCAUGGCUUGCAAUUAGCCUCGUCUUCCUCUCCCGCCAUCUCCUCCGUCGCGGCAGUCAAGUGCACUUGCCGCCAGGUCCAAAACCUUGGCCCAUCAUCGGUAACCUCAACCUCAUAGCAACUCCCCAUCGAUCCAUCCAUGCACUCUCCCAAAAAUAUGGUCCCAUCAUGCACCUCCGUUUCGGGUCAUUCCCUGUUGUCGUUGGCUCCUCUGUCGAAAUGGCGAAGGCAAUCCUCAAAACCUAUGAUGUCACCUUCGCCUCCCGGCCUAAAACCGCUGCCGGCAAAUACACCACCUACAAUUACUCGAACAUUACCUGGUCCCCUUAUGGUCCAUAUUGGCGGCAUGCACGUAGAAUGUGUCUAAUGGAACUUUUCAGCACGAAACGUCUGGAGUCCUACGAGUACAUACGGAAAGAGGAGACGAAUGCCUUGCUCAGAGGUUUGUACGAAUCCUCGAACAAGCUGGUGACGUUGAAAGACCAUCUUUCUACCGUCAGUCUCAACGUGAUAAGCCGCAUGGUUCUGGGAAAGAAGUACACGGACGAGUCCGAGGACUCGAUUGUGUCUCCCGAGGAGUUCAAGAAGAUGUUAGACGAGUUAUUCUUGCUUAGUGGGGUGUUGAAUAUUGGAGAUUCCAUGCCUUGGAUCGAUUUCUUGGACUUGCAGGGAUAUAUUAAGAGGAUGAAGGCGUUGAACAAGAAGUUUGAUAGGUUCUUGGAGCAUGUGUUGGAUGAACACAUUGAGAGGAGGAAAGGAGUGAAGGGGCAUGCUGCAAACGACAUGGUGGAUGUGCUAUUGCAGCUUGCUGAGGAUCCUGCUCUCGAUGUUAAGCUUGAAAGACAUGGGAUCAAGGCAUUUACCCAGGACUUGAUAGCCGGUGGAACAGAGAGCUCAGCUGUGACUGUAGAAUGGGCAAUAUCUGAACUUCUAAGAAAGCCAGAGAUUUUCAACAAGGCUACAGAAGAGCUGGAUAGGGUAAUCGGAAGAGAGAGAUGGGUUGAAGAGAAUGACAUUGUAAAUCUACCAUACAUCGAAGCAAUUAUCAAGGAAACAAUGCGGCUGCACCCUGUGGCACCGAUGUUGGUGCCUCGGCUAUCCCGGGAAGAUUGCAAGAUUGGUGGCUAUGACAUUCUCAAAGGGACCCGAGUGCUUGUAAAUGUGUGGACCAUUGGGAGAGACCCUGCAAUAUGGGAAAAUCCAGAUGAGUUUUUCCCCGAGAGGUUCAUUGGAAAGGCCAUCGAUGUCAAGGGCCAUGACUUUGAGUUGUUGCCUUUUGGGGCUGGGAGAAGGAUGUGCCCCGGUUACAGUCUUGGCCUGAAGGUGAUUCAAUCAAGCUUGGCUAAUCUCUUACAUGGAUUCACGUGGAAACUUCCAGGGGACAUGAAUAAGGAGGAUUUGGACAUGGAGGAAAUUUUUGGGCUCUCCACGCCUAGGAAAAUCCCGCUUGUUACUGUUGUGGAGCCAAGGUUACCACCACAUGUUUAUUCUCUGUGAUUCCUGGCCUGUUUCAAACUCCUAGUAAUAAGUAACGCUUAGAUUUUACUGUUGUGAUUCUGCUCCAUGUUGAAGGUGUUAUUGUCGUUAUCUAUAUCCAUAAGUGUCCUGCUUUUUGGAUCGUAUUAAUGUUUAUGCUUUCUUCCUGCGUUUCA